AUGUUUCCAAUCAUUCCGCAUCACAUUGUUAAGGCUGUGUCUCCUUGCGAGGAGAAGUGCUUCAGGAUAUCCUCUUUCUCCACUCGUGCGCGGCCAACGAGUUCCGUGAAGGCGAGGAGUUUCUUGCCCAGAAACACGCUCUCAAAGACUUUCAGUGUCAUCCACACGCCCAGUGUUGAGGGGAAAAGUUACAGUUUUGCGCUGAUCGCUUUGAAGGGAUUUCUUCAGGUGACUGAAAAGUGUCUGGCCAACUCAGGUGGAUGGAUUCGAUUGCUUCCACUCGCGAGAGACGUUCACAGUGGGAAUAUCUGCCUGGAAAUCACCGACGGCGGACAAUCUGUAAACCUCAGAACCACCCGGAACAUCGAAGAAGGCGAAGAUCUUCAGCUGUGGUUCUCAGAGAAGAUCCUUGCGCUCAUGCAGAUUCCUUUUCUCUCUCCUGUGAACAUACAAGGCCAGAAUCGCUACAUUUGCCACAUUUGCGAGCGCGUCUUUGAGGAUCCCAAUCCGCUGAAGAUCCAUCUGGCCACUUUCUGCGAGAAACACUCCCUGGACGCGCUCUGGAAUCGACUCAACUUCAUCCUCUCCUCCAGUUUCCGAUCAGUUCCGUCUUCUCCGCCUGCCAAAACUCCCCUGGCAAGUGCUUCUGAAGUCUCGCCGAGAUUCUCAGCCUUUCGUCCAGUCACAGCUUCGCCUCGCCUGGAGUCCGUCUCGCCGCCUCCGUCAGCCGCCGCCGCGGCCGCACACCUCGAGACGAUCGUCAGCAACAUGGGCUCCUCUAAGGCCGGCCAUGUGUGCGUGUAUUGCGGCAAGCUGUACUCGCGCAAGUACGGCCUGAAGAUCCACAUUCGGACGCACACGGGCUUUAAGCCGCUCAAGUGCAAGUACUGCCUGCGGCCCUUCGGCGAUCCCAGCAACCUCAACAAGCACGUGCGGCUGCACUCGCAGGCCAACUCCGUGUACAAGUGCCACAUCUGUGAUAAAGUGCUGGUGCGGAGGCGCGAUCUGCAGCGCCACAUCCAGUCCAGACACUGCCCAGAAGCGCCAGAAGCCGCCGAGGUGGAGAUGAGCUCGUCCAGCAGCGAAGACAUCGCCUGA